UCCCGCGGGAGUUAUUUGAAUGCUCAGGCGGUAACUCCACCCUGGGUGCUCAGCCGCGGGCCGAACCCGGACCUGAGGCGAUUUUGUAUCCUUGACCUGCGCUCUGUAGGGCUCCUGCAGCCCGCAGCAGACGAGGCUCGUCCCGGCCGGGUCCCGCUGCCAUGGGGGCGGAGAAGAAGCUGCUGCCGGUUAAGGAGGCCUUUCAGCUGGCGCAGCAGCCGCACCAGAACCAGGCGAAGCUAGUGGUGGCGCUGAGCCGCACCUACCGCACGGUGGAUGUUAAAACAGUUUUUCAUGAGGAGUUUGUUCAUUAUCUUAAAUAUGCUAUGGUGGUCUAUAAACGUGAACCAGCCGUGGAAAGAGUAAUAGACUUUGCAGCCAAGUUUGUUACUUCAUUUCACCAGUCAGAUACGGAAGAUGAUGAGGAAGAGGAAGAUGGUGGCAUUUUAAAUUAUUUGUUUACCUUUCUUUUAAAGUCUCAUGAAGCAAACAGCAAUGCAGUUAGGUUUAGAGUGUGCCAGCUCAUAAACAAGCUGUUGGGAAGUAUGCCAGAAAAUGCCCAGAUUGAUGAUGAUUUGUUUGAUAAAAUUAAUGAAGCCAUGCUUAUUAGAUUGAAAGAUAAAAUUCCAAAUGUGAGGAUACAGGCAGUUCUGGCCCUUUCACGACUUCAGGAUCCCAAAGAUGAUGAAUGUCCUGUUGUUAAUGCAUAUGUUACUUUGAUUGAAAAUGAUUCAAAUCCAGAAGUUAGGCGUGCUGUGUUAUCAUGUAUUGCACCAUCAGCAAAGACUUUGGCAAAAAUUGUGGAGCGUACCAAGGAUGUAAAGGAGGCUGUCAGAAAGCUGGCUUAUCAGGUUUUAGCUGAAAAGGUUCAUAUGAGAGCUAUGUCCAUUGCUCAGAGAGUAAUGCUCCUUCAACAAGGUCUUAAUGACAGAUCAGAUGCUGUGAAACAAGCAGUGCAGAAGCAUCUUCUCCAAGGCUGGCUACGUUUCACUGAAGGAAAUAUAUUAGAGUUACUUCAUCGGUUAGAUGUGGAAAAUUCGUCUGAAGUGGCAGUCUCUGUUCUUAAUGCCUUAUUUUCAGUGACUCCUCUUAAUGAACUGGCAGAAAUCUGUAAAAAUAACGAUGGCAGGAAACUGAUUCCAACAGAAACGUUGACUCCUGAAAAUGCUUUGUAUUGGCGUGUUCUUUGUGAAUACAUGAAAUCGAAAGGAGAUGAGGGUGAAGAAUUUUUGGAGCAGAUUCUGCCAGAGCCCAUAGUAUAUGCAGAGUAUUUACUAAGUUAUAUUCAGAGUAUCCCAGUUGUGGAAGAUGAAAAGAAAAAUGAUUUUUCCUAUAUUGGAAAUUUGAUGUCAAAAGAAUUUAUAGGUCAACAGUUGAUUCUAAUUAUCAAGUCUUUGGAUACAAGUGAAGAAGGAGGAAGGAAAGGACUACUGGCUAUUUUACAGGAGAUUCUUACGCUACCCACAACCCCGGUAUCCCUACUUUCUUUUCUUGUUGAGAGAUUGCUCUGCAUCAUUACAGAUGAUAAUAAGAGAACACAAAUUGUUACAGAAAUUAUCUCAGAGAUUCGGGCGCCUAUUGUUACUGUUGGUGCUGAUGAUCCAGCUGAUGCAAGAAAGAAAGAACUCAAGAUGGCAGAAAUAAAAGUUAAGCUUAUUGAGGCAAAAGAAGCUUUGGAAAAUUGCAUUAACUUACAGGACUUUAAUCGAGCAUCAGAAUUAAAAGAAGAAAUAAAAGCAUUAGAAGAUGCCAGAAUAAACCUAUUGAAAGAGACAGAGCAACUUGAAAUAAAAGAAGUCCAUAUAGAGAAGAAUGAUGUUGAAACACUACAGAAGUGUCUUAUUUUGUGCUAUGAACUGUUGAAGCAGAUGUCCACUUCAACAGGAAUAGGUGCAACCAUGAAUGGCAUCAUUGAAUCUUUGAUUCUUCCUGGAAUAGUAAGUGUUCAUCCUGUAAUAAGAAAUCUGGCUGUUUUAUGCUUGGGAUGCUGUGGACUACAGAAUCAGGAUUUUGCAAGUAAACACUUCGUAUUACUGUUGCAGGUUUUGCAAAUUGAUGAUGUGACGAUAAAAAUAAGUGCUUUAAAAGCAAUCUUCGACCAACUGAUGAUGUUUGGGAUUGAGACAUUUAAAACUAAAAACAAAGCCCUUCAAGGUGAAAAUGCAGAAAUAAACACUGAUGGAGACCAAGAUAUCAAAGAUGCUAAAGAAGAGACUGCUACAGCCAAGAAUGUUCUGAAACUCCUUUCUGAUUUCUUAGAUAGUGAGGUGUCUGAACUCAGGACAGGAGCUGCAGAAGGUCUAGCCAAACUGAUGUUCUCAGGGCUCUUGGUCAGCAGCAGGAUUCUUUCUCGUCUUGUCUUGUUAUGGUACAAUCCUGUGACUGAAGAGGAUGUUCGACUUCGACAUUGCCUAGGCGUGUUCUUCCCCAUGUUUGCUUAUGCGAGCAGGACUAAUCAGGAAUGUUUUGAAGAAGCCUUUCUUCCAACUCUGCAAACACUGGCCAGUGCUCCUGCAUCUUCUCCUUUAGCUGAAGUAGAUAUCACUAAUGUUGCUGAGUUACUUGUAGAUUUGACAAGACCAAGUGGAUUAAAUCUUCAGGCCAAGAAUUCACAAGAUUAUCAGGCCUUAUCAGUUCAUGACAAUCUGGCUAUAAAAAUUUGCAAUGAGAUCUUAACAUGUCCAUGUUCACCAGAAAUUCGGGUCUAUACGAAAGCCUUGGGUUCUUUAGAACUCAGUAGCAACCUUGCUCAAGAUCUUUUGGUUUUAUUGAAUGAAAUUCUGGAGCAAGUAAAAGAUAGGACGUGUCUGAGAGCUCUGGAGAAAAUCAAGAUUCAGUUAGAAAAAGGAAAUAAAGAAUGUGAUGACCAAGUGAUAGAGGCACAGGAUGCCAACAUGGCUAUGACUGCUUUUCAAAUUGAAGAUGAAAAAAGUAAAGAAGCAUAUAAAACUCCUCUCAGGGAUGUAAAAGCAACCCGAGCAUCAAAAUCCACUCAGCAAAAGACCAACAGAGGACGGAGAAAAGUGACAGCUUCAGCUAGGAUGAACAAGAGGCGUCAGACUGUGGAGGUUGACUCUGAAAGUGAUCCUGAAAUUCCAGAGCCAGAAUCAGAAAUGAAGAUGAGAUUGCCAAGACGAGCCAAAACAGCAGCACUAGAAAAAAGUAAACUUAACCUUGCACAGUUUCUCAAUGAAGAUAUAAGUUAGAAGAGAUGAUGGAGGUGAAGUCCUUUUAACCAUGUCCUUUAAAAUUAUGUUCAGUUCUCUGCUUUAAUAAAGUUACGCUUGUAUCAAAAUUAGAAAA